AGGUCUGCAGCCGGUCGCCGGGUUCGUCCUGUGGUCUGCGCCAAGUGGACUCGACCAGCAGAGCGCGAAAUUCUCUUGCCGCUGACAGUCGAUGAUGCUCCGUCGAGGCCAGCCUCGUACGAGCUCGUGCCCCUCUCAUCGCUCCCAGCGGCGCUGCAAUUUCGUCUGCGUUUUGUGAAUGAUCGAGACGAGACGACUAUGGCGCGCCGGUGCUGCGUUUGAGCUGCCAGAUUCUGGUUAUUCGAGUAGCGAGCUGCCCUGUCUCGUCUCGUCUCGUCUCGUCUCGUCUCGUCGCGAUGGAUCGGGCCCCCAUGGUGGACGCUCUUCGUGAAGAGUUUCGUGAUGCCAAUUUCGACGUAGAGGAUGACACCGUGCUCGAGCAAUGCGCUUCUCUGUGCGUCGUCUAUUCGUUCAAACCUGCAGACCUCGUGUCAAGCUGGGAGGUGUUUUAUCUGAACAGACAAAUGAACGAGGGAAAGGUUUCAGUUGCACUACUGCCGAAGUUUAAAUCCUUUUUGCAAGAAGAGCAGCGCGAAGCGCUGCGUUCAAAGCCCAUAGAUGGAUUGCACUCAUUUUCCACCAUCGAUGACGUAGACAUGUUGCUGAACGACAAGAAUGAUGAGGGAGAGCUCCAAGAAACACCUCCAACUCAACGCUCUACAUCCAAGAAAGAUCUGUCACCGGGCGCCUUCCGAGGCGUCAAAUUAGAGGCAGAAUUUGCUGCUCUCAUUGGUCCUAAAACCCCCAAAACCCCCGCCGGGCCAUUCGGGAAAUCAUCAAGUGAGGGACCUCGACCCAAGUCUGAAGACAGUCCACUGACACCUUUCGCCAAGAGACCAAACAAGUGUGCAGUUCAAACUACUUACAAUGCGGAGUUAAAAGAGCCUGUCGAAGAGAGAAUUGCGGCUGGCUCUGAGGAUGAUGUCCUCAGACGACUUCGUCCCAUAGAGCGGUGCCAGAUAGAGGUCCUCAGUCCUUCCCCAAAAGUGGGCUGCCGCUUCAUGUUUGAUCGAAUCGAAGACAGAUUCCUCGCCACAGAGACGAGACUCAAGAAAUUCGCGAAUGCUCUCGCUGCCAGCGAAGGGUGCAAGGUCUCGAGUAACGGUGCUCUAGCUUCUCAGGAACAAAUCAUGGUGGUUGGAAGGAUCUGCUGUGAAGGUGAAGGUCAUCUAAAUGACAAAUCAGUUCUGCUCGAAGGAAGUGUGGAGUUCUGUGGAGGGCAAAGAGUGCGUCUCGAUCUUCGAAAUAUAUCCCAACUGUCGCUGUUCCCUGGCCAGGUGGUUGGAGUUGAAGGACAAAAUCCAAGUGGCCACUGUCUAGUGGCUUCACGGCUUGUCGACUCUAUCCCGUGUGCAGCGAGGUCUGAUCCAUUUGAGAACCAGGAGCCUGUAUCCAAAAGAAGAGUUCUUUCACAAAAUGAAGACGUCGAGAUGGAAUCUACCACUCAACACCCGGUUACUCUGGUUACAGCAGCAGGACCUUACACAGCAACUGAUAACCUCUUAUUUGAACCUUUAACUGACCUUUUGUCCCAUGCCCGACGGAAACGGCCAAGGCUCCUUCUACUGAUCGGACCUUUUGUGGAUUCCGAUCAUUCCAUGAUAAAAGAAGGGCUUGUGAAUCGAACUUAUGAGCAGAUUUUCAAGGAUGAGAUCAAAUCCAGGAUUGAAGACUACUGCCAGGAAAUGGGAGACGGUGCAAGGGUGCUGCUUGUCCCAUCUACUCGUGAUGCACACCUUGAUUGUGUUUUUCCGCAGCCACCUUAUAACAAGAGAUGCUUCAAUGACCCGGACGACCAGAUUACCCUACUUGGGAAUCCGAGCAUCUUUCGCUGUGACAAUCUGAACUUGGGGUGCUGCUCUAUGGAUGUCCUACGGCACUUGAGUUGUGAAGAGAUGUCUAGAGUGCCUGCCGGCACAACCAGCGAUCGUAUGACAAGAUUAGCGUCCCACAUCCUAGGCCAACGAAGUUUCUAUCCGCUCUUUCCCCCUCCGCCGGGAACGUCACUCGAUCUGUCUCUUAUGCCUGAGGCAUUGUCAAUAGCACAGAUACCGGACAUUCUGAUACUGCCCUCAGAUCUUGCCCCGUUCGUGAAGGUGCUGUCACUCCCUCCUCAGUCCAAACCAGUGGAUCCAGCGAGUGAUGAGCCCAUCUCGUCGAACGAGGAACCGGUCAAAUGUCUGUGCAUAAAUCCUGGCCGUCUGACAAAAGGAAGCUCUGGCGGCACGUUUACAGAACUUUUGGUUUUGCCAGACACGACGUCCGAAGGAAGUGAUGCCUCAACACCUGUGACCUCCAGAAGCAAAGUCGUCAUCAAGCGCAUCUAAUUGCCGAUGCUCAGUUAGUCUGCAUGAGCUAUCUUUAACUUUCCCCAUGAAGCCACAUUGUCUCUUCUCUUGCGCUGCUCUUUCCGCCUUAGAGGGGCAUCGGGGUCCAUUAGUGUUUAGGAGAGGAGGCUUAGAAACAAUAAUGACAGUGAUAAAUGGAAAAAAUUAGUUAAAAAAAUUAGCGCGAAGAACGCAUUCGAGCUCAGUCUCCAUUUGUAAAGAAAUCUCGCGGCUCGAUCGAAGUCACCGAGAUAGGAAUACCGUGUACAUUAUCAAUUUAAUCCAUGACCCGAGGGUCUCAUUGACA